AUGGGGACUCCGAUUGAUGAGGGUCUAUUUCUAUCGAUGCUCGUAAAGAUGAUAAACGCUAAAAACACUCUAGAGAUCGGUGUUUUUACCGGUUACUCACUUCUUACCACGGCUCUUGCUUUACCUGAAGAUGGCCGUAUUACUGCGAUAGACUUCAACCAAGAAAGUUUUGAUUUGGGGCUAGAGUUUAUGAAGAAAGCAGGUGUUGAUCACAAGAUCAAUUUCAUCAAAUCUGAUUCUCUUAAAGCCUUAGACCAAUUGGUGAACGGGGAAAAACAAGAGUUUGAUUUCGCAUUUGUGGAUGCUGACAAGACGAACUACGUUAACUUCCUUGAGAGGCUGCUUAAGUUAGUGAAGGUUGGAGGAACCAUUGCGUUCGAUAACACCUUGUGGUUCGGUACUGUGGUUGAUGAAGAAGAUGAAGUUAUAACGCGUAUGAGGCCUUAUAGAACAGCUAUUUUGGAGUUCAAUAAGAAAAUAGCUUUGGAUCCUCGUGUCGAAAUCGCUCUAGUCUCCAUUGGAGAUGGUAUUACGCUUUGCAGACGCCUUGUGUAA